AUGCAAAGUACCCAGGACCCAAACUUGCUGCCAUUUCGGAUUUGUGGUAUGCUUAUCAUUGUGGAGGGUGCAUUUGAUAAAUAUGGCGAUAUAAUACGCAUUGCCCCCAACGAGAUUGCUAUAUUUGGGUAUAAAGCCAUAGUGGAUGUUUUAACACCGGGUCGGAUGGACGAUUCGAAAGCAUUUCUUAAGACUGAGGAGCUCGGCGCGCUUGCAGGAAAGCACAAAGGCUUUGCCGCAGAUACCGAUCCAAAGAUUCACCGGAAUAUACGGAAAUUAUUGGAGUCUAGCUUCAGCCUCAAUGCUAUUAAAACAUGGCAGGAACCGAUUUUACAUAAACAUUUUGACCGGUUUAUCGACAAAAUUGAAAAGGCUUCGAAUAAUGGCGCCAUUAACCUAACCAAGUGGGCUGAGUGGCUCAGUAUUGACCUUGCUGGCGAUCUGACAUUUGGGUAUGAUUACGGCAACGUAGACAAUGGUAAAGCGGGGGUGUUCUUGGAGACGUUUUCCAAGCUCAGCUUCUGGGGCACUGUAAACCAAGUGUCGGCACGGUUCCCGAUCCUUUAUCCUUUUAUUCUAAUCUCCAUGAGCCCCGGGCUUGCAAAGAUUGCACCAAAGCUUCAGCGCAUCAACAGCGAACAUAUUACCAAUCGAAUUAGGAAUCGCGACAAACUCGCUCACGAAGAUUUCAUGUCGGCGCUAAUACCAACAGAAGGACAGACGCCCGAGCUUGAGUUUCUCGUCGCGCAAAGCAUGAACAUCGUAAUAGGUAACGCCGAGGCCACUUCAAAUAUGUUUGUGGUGGCCGUGCACUUCCUUGGUAUUCACCAAGAUCGGUUGGAAAAGUUGAAAAAGGAGAUCCGCGGCCGUUUUGCUUCCUAUAACGAAAUUACAUCUGCAAACGUGCAGAAUAUCGUUUGGCUCAACGCCGUUGUCAAUGAAGGACUUCGACUGGCCACCCAGGGUACUUCAGGUCUCCCGCGAAUCAGCCCAGGGGCUAUAGUUGACGGGCAUUUUGUUCCAAAAGGGUACCGCGUACAAACCAGCUUCUGGGCUGUGUUUCAUUCUGAGCGAUAUUUCGCAAAGCCAAGGGAAUUUUGGCCAGAACGGUGGCUCCCCAAGGAUCAUCCUGAUUACGACAAUACUUUCGCCAACGACCAGCUUGCUGCAUAUCAACCUUUUAGUCUCGGCACCAGAGGCUGCAUUGGCCGCAAGACAGGUCUUGUCCAGGCCCAGCUAAUGCUUGCAAAACUUAUUUGGGCGCUGGAUUGGGAGCACUGCAACCAAGAUCAAAUAGACUGGGAGCGAGAUUUAAGGAGGUACGCCAUGAAUCAACUGCCGCAUAUAUUUGUCCGUUUCCGGAAACGGCAAAUAUAA